AUGAAGAAAAAUAUCAUUCCUGGUCUUGAUGCUGAGAGCAUCAUCCCAAUGCAAUCACAAGCUGGCGAAAUUCUCGACAGCGACAAUUUCAAGGAACAUGAUGUGUUUGGAGACGUACAGGAAGGGAAUACCAACUAUCGUAGCGUGGGCUGGCUUGGAACAACUGCUUUGAUGAUGAAAACCCAGAUUGGCCUGGGCCUUCUUUCAAUCCCUAAGGUUUUCAACACCCUCGGGAUAGUGCCAGGGAUUAUUCUACUUUUGGUGAUUGCUGGAAUGACAACUUGGUCGAACUGGAUGGUAGGAGUCUUCAAAUUGCGACAUCCUAGCAUCUACGGCAUUGAUGAUGUGGGAAGAAUGCUCUUUGGGCGCGUGGGGUUUGAGGUGCUAGGUGCUGCCUAUACUUUAUACUGGAUUUUUGUCUCUGGCUCUGCUAUGCUAAGCAUAUCAAUUGCAUUCAACGCACUCACUUCACAUUCGGUCUGCACAGCUGUUUUUGUUGCUGUCGCUGCCAUUAUUGCGUUCAUGUUUUCGAGUAUACAAACACUUGCCCGUAUAAGCUGGCUUGCCUGGCUAGGUGUAGGAUGCAUUAUUGUUGCAGUCUCUAUUGUUACUGUUGGUGUUGGUAUACAAGGCCAUCCUCCAUCAACCUCAGAUGUCAUAUUGGAAUCUGAUUACAAAUUAUUCGGCAAUCCAAGUUUUGUUGACGCAAUGACUGCUAUCUCCACUAUCUCCUUGACUUACGCUGGAACCCCGGCGUUCUUCAACAUCAUUGCUGAAAUGCGUGACCCGCGACUUUACACUCGAGCACUGACAAUCUGCCAGGUCACUGUCACUAUUAUCUAUAUUGUGGCUGGAACAGUCGUAUACUAUUACUGCGGAUCCCAUGUUGCAUCACCAGCUCUUGGCUCAGCAGGUCCAGUAAUCAAGAAGAUCAGUUAUGGUAUUGCUCUACCUGGAUUGUGUGUCUCUGCAAUUUUACUUCUCCAUUUACCGGCCAAGCAUAUUUUCGUUCGUACUCUUCGAAACUCUCAGCACCUCACAAGACAAACUCCAAUUCAUUGGAUAACAUGGCUUGGAUCUACCUUCUCUGUGUGCCUGGUCGCAUAUAUCAUCGCCAGCAGCAUUCCAGUUUUCAGUGACCUUGUAUCCCUUGUCGGUGCUCUUUUAGCCACCUCAUUAUGCUUUCAGCCUAUGGGUUGCAUGUGGUUAUAUGAUAACUGGGAGUCAGGCAAACGGGAUAAAUCUCUGGGAUGGUGCUUGAAAGUGGCUUGGAGCGUGUUCAUGAUUCUGACUGGCUCCUUUUUAGCAGCUGGGGGAACAUAUGGCUCCAUUGUGAGUAUCAAUAAUUCUUACAAGGAAUCGGGGGGAUCUUCACCGUGGUCUUGCGCCAAUAAUGAUACCUAG